AAAUUGAAAAAAAAAAAAAAGAAAAAAGAAGGAGAAAAGCCAGUAAAAAGCCGAGACAGAACCAAAACCAGAGCUGAAGGCGAAGGAGGGAAGAAAGAGUAUCGAGAGAGCUUCCUUCUCUGUUGUUGAGUUGGGGUCUGGAGGAUUCUUCUUCUGCUCCUUGCUCCCCAACAAUCUAACUUCCAUGACUUCCGUUGUGGAUUUCUUGCAUAUGAAUCGCUUCGAUAUCGUCCAGAUUUAUCGUCAAUACUGUGAUAUUCGAUCUCAAAAUGGCCUUUAUCAUGGGAAUGAAGACUCUGGACAUGUUGAAUCACAAAUAGCUAAAAGUUCAAAGCAGGCUCUUGCAGAACUCUUCCUUUAUGUGAAAUCAUCGCUGCAGAUGGGGAACUCAAUUGUUGAUGAACUAGCGAAGGUGAUGUCACAUCCAAACUUGAUGGUAGACUUCUCUGAAUUUUCACGCUUUUACGAGUUUGUUUUUUUUGUGAGCCGUGAAAAUGGUCAAAAGAAUAUCACUGUUAGUAGGGCAGUUAGAGCAUGGAGAUUAGUUUUGGAUGGGAGAUUUCGGUUACUUAAUCAAUGGUGUGACUUUGUUGAGAACAAUCAGCGACACAAUAUAUCUGAGGAUACUUGGCUGCAAGUCUUGGCUUUCAGCUGUUGUGUACAUGAAAAUCUGGAAGGGUAUGACCCGGAAGGUGCUUGGCCUGUCCUAAUUGAUGACUUCGUCGAGCACAUGUACAGGCGGUCAGGAUCUAAUAAAAUUUCAAAGUUAUAUUGUACUUGUGGAGACUCAGAAUCACAGUCUGGUGUCUUUGAAGAUUCUCUUCCUGGAUUGAAGUCUUUCCCUGGUUUGAAGAGGAAAUUACCCGAGGACAUGCAAGUGGACGGCAUUAUGUCUCUGAGUGACCCUAGAACCGGCUCCAUGGAAUUAAUUCCUGUUACGAGCGUCAAGAAAAGUAGAUUCAUGGGUUGCAGGCCAGUGAACUUGGAGGUAAACUUACCGUCAUGCACUGCAGAUGCGAACACAGAUAUGGUUCGACCUAACGGUGCAGUAGGCUGCAAAGCUCCUUGUGCUAUUGAAGGUUGUCUGUCAAAAGGUUUUGCUGGGCUUUUCUCGACAUGUUCAGUCUUAGGAUUGGAUCAAGAAAGGAAAGCGUCAUUCACGUGAUCAUCUCCGAUUUAGCUCUAAUGAUUUUUACAGGUAGUAUGUUCUAUAAUGUGGUUAUAUCUUUAUUUUUUGUUGUGGUACAGCAUUUUUAAACGGAUGAGUUUGUGAUUUGGCAGCAAACUAAAUUCAUAAACCCAGAUAGAAGAAACGAGCUUGUAAUUUCAA